AUGCUCGGUCACUACUCCAAGAACAAUCUGCUCGCCUUGUUUUCCGGUGAGUACGAACAACCCAGUAGACGUGGCAAAGGUGGUAGACCUCCGCGUGUUGUCCAUGCGCAUGCUGAUCUGGCGUUGGUGCUGCACUUGUACACAGGCGCUGUCGAGCAGAAGUCACUACAAGAGCUGUUUGCGCUGACACCAAGCACGUGCGCCCGUAUUCUGCGGAAAGGAGAAGAAGCCUUGGUCCGUGCCCUGGCAGCUUGCCCAGAUGCUGUGAUCAAGUGGCCGUCGAAGGCCACGCAGGCAAGAUGGGCGGCUAUGAGCAACUUGCGGAGCCGCUUGUCCACGGGCGUGUUCGACACUGGUGUCCUCUGCUUAGGGCUCGACGGCACAUUGGUGUGGGGGAGACACAACUUCCCCGGCUCAUGGAACGAUGGUGAAAUGAGCCGGAGGUUGCAAAAGAUCCUCGCAGACCCGACGAAGACCGGUGUUGGUAUGAAGGUUGCGUCCGACUCUGCAUUUCCGGUCAGUGGCAGGUGUGCUGGCCGUAUUGUGACCCCGCUGAAGAAAUGGGACCUCGAACGGCAUCCUCCAGCGUGCCGACUUGGCCUGAAAGUGAUGAGUGACUGCAUUACGUUGUUGCGCCAAGCUGCGGUAUGGGGCAUGGGUGCUGUCAGCAAAGUGUACCGUCAACUGCUCCUGUCCCUGCCAUAUAACCCAUCACUCCGUACUAUGCGACUUGAGAGUAUGUUUAAGUUGUACAAUUUCCAGAUAAAAAAUGUCUUUGGAUUGUAA